ACACCCUCUGCCGCCGGGAGCCCUGUGAUCCCGCGUGCGGAGACUGGGAGGCCCGGCACGGCUCCGCACGCCAACCGCGAGCCGCCGGCGCAGGGCCCGAGGCGGGGAGUGGCAGCGAAGGACAGCUCUCCUGACCUCGCGGCCGGUCGAAGGACACGCGACCCGGGCACCCUAGCGCACGCCGGCCCAGCCGAGCUCAGGCUCCCUGGACCGUCCCGCUGCGAUUGCGGAUCGGCCGAGUCCGGCCUGGUCUGGCUGGUGGCGUUGGUGGUCAAGGGCAGGAGCAGGGGGUGUGAACUGCGGGCCGGCGGGCGCGGGGGAGGCGGGAGGCCUGGGCUCUGGGGCUUUUCGCGCGGAACUUUGGGUAUAACAGCGUGGACCUGCGUGUGUGCAUCUGCGCGCCCGAGGCUUUGUGUACUACGAGUGCGUGUGUCUAUCGAUUGGGUUUGCGAAGCUUCACCCAGCCUCGCAGUGUAUCGAGCUCCGGGGUGGGUGUCAGCGUGCGCCAUGGGUGGGGGUGCUGGACUCGGGCAGGUCUGGGUGGAUCCGGCUUAUAUCUUAGCAGUGCUAGAGGUAGCCUUUAUUUCCUUUCUCUCUGUCUCCUUCCCUCUUGCAUCCUUCCCCAUCUCCCUCAAUUUUACCCUCUUGUGGGUACCACCAGAGUGACCCGUGGAUCUGUGAGUCACACUUAUUUCCCGGGUUUGUGGGUAUUGCUGUGGGAACAGUCCCGAAGGCUGUGAGUGUGGAACGGGAACGGGAGUGGGAGGUUCGGGAGUGCUUGCCUUUUAGGAACUACAGGACUGCAGAUACAAUUGCUGGGGCUGUUUUGGGUUUGAUACGUGGGCACCAACAUCUGUGUGGCUCUGCUUAUGUCUGGGUAAUUUAUGAGCAUGCCCUUGAGUAACCUACCAAGUGUCUAAAGACUAAACAGACAUUCUAAAGCUUAUCAGAGAGACGACCUCCUUGUGUCUGCUCCUUCACCCAGGCACCCUAAGGAAAAAGUUUUGGGUAAAAGAGAGUCUUGCUCUAAGAAUUUGGGUGCCCCAGCUAUCUUCUUGGCUAUGGGGCUCUGAUGUACCAGUCUAGGAUAGGGGUUACGGGACACUCCCAAGUUCUUCAGGCCUGCUGAGGGCUGGAUGGGUGGGGGCCACAAGUGGCACUUACUUUCAGGGUCUUAGCUUUUAGUGCCAAGAGCAAAAAGUCAACCAGCACCUCCCUCCUUCCUAUUUCUCCUCUGUGAACUGAGAGGAGAUUGAGCAGGAGACAGGGACCCAGGGAGAUUCAGACAGAUCUCUGCCCUUAGGAUGCCCAAGGUUGAUGUCUCAAGUGAGGGCUGAAAGAUCCAGGGAAGGAAGUUGGAGCGUGUGGGUUUGCAAGUGUGUAGGGAAUAGAGAUUAUUGGGGUGCCCAUUUUCAACUAUUAGUCCCUAGUCCCCAUGUCUUGCUCUCGUUUUCUAAGAUGGUGAUAGAGCUGAGCUAUUCCUGAGUGAGGUGCUAAGGUGAGAGUCUAACAGGCAGUCGAAGCUCAGCAAGCAUGUAUUAAACAGACACGUAGAGGAGGGACGCAGCCAUGGAAAGGAGUUGUAAGCAGGACCAGCCUUUGAACUGAGAUGAAAGACCAUAUGCUUGCUAAGAGAACAAGUCCCCAUGGGAAGGUCAGAGAGACUCGCAUUCAACCCCUUGGAGUUUUGCUCAUGUAUUCCUCUCAUUUACCAUCGCUUUAUAUAUUUGCUCCCGUUUGCACAGAAACACGGGCGCCCACAGAGCACUGGAGAAUGACCUGAGAACACAGAGAACCAGCGUUCAGCUGCCAAGGGGCCAAGGCAUGAGCUGGGGUUGCUCUUCCCAAUGGCAUCUCCCCCUGGUCUGGAACUGAAGACAUUGAGCAAUGGUCCCCAGGUUCCAAGGAGGCCAGCCCCGCUGGGCCCAGUGGCGCCAUCCAGGAUGGGUGUGGAGAAUGCCUGCUUCUUCUCUGAGGAGCAUGAGACUCAUUUCCAGAACCCUGGGGAUGCCAGACUGGGUAGCUCCCCCAGUCCCCCUGGAGGUGUCCCCUCACUGCCCCGGUCCCAGCGGGAUGAUCUUUCUUUGCAUUCAGAGGAAGGGCCAGGCCUGGAACCUGUGAGCCGCCCAGUGGACUAUGGCUUUGUUUCUGCUCUGGUUUUCUUGGUGAGCGGAAUCCUCCUGGUGGUAACAGCAUAUGCCAUCCCUCGAGAGGCCCGAGUCAACCCUGACACGGUGACAGCAAGGGAGAUGGAGCGCCUGGAGAUGUACUACGCCCGCUUGGGCUCGCAUCUGGACAAGUGCAUCAUCGCGGGCCUGGGGCUGCUCACAGUGGGUGGCAUGCUUCUGUCUGUGUUGCUCAUGGUCUCUUUAUGCAAGGGUGAGCUGUACCGCAGGCAGACCUUCGUCCCUGGCAGGGGAUCCAGGAAGACCUAUGGCUCCAUCAACCUGCGUAUGAGGCAGCUCGCUGGGGAUGGGGGCCAGGUCCUAGUGGAGAAUGAGGUUGUCCAAGUCUCAGAGACCAGCUAUACCACACAGGGCUCUUAAGUAAGAGUCCACCCUAUCUUGCUGCUUUAGCUGAAGAGCUUGGAAGUCCCCCAAAACUUGGGGCUUCAAAGUGAGAUCCACAGAGGGCCCUGUGGAGGGAGUUUUGGUGCUGGGGUGGGAGCAGCCUGGGUUCUGGCUUAGGCCCUACUCAGGCAAGCACUGCUGAUGUGUUUUGCAGCUUGAAGUUUUUGCAUAAGGCUUUGUUUGGAGGAUGGCUUCUGCUGCUAAAAAUACAUUUUUGGAAACCACUGCUCUUAGAAGAUGAGGUUGCUUGGCAUUUCUCAGGGUUGGGACUCAUGCGCAAGGGUGACCCCCGUUCCUCAUGCCUUGGGAAUUCUGAGACCCCUACUGUCUUCACUAGCCAAGUGAGAGUGUUGGGUGACCAUCUGGAACAGAGCGUGGCUUCAUGGUGAUGGGAGAAGUCGGUUCUGAGUUGACCCCCUGCAGUACCCUACUGACUGAACCAUAACCCUCCCCUCUCCAGGCCUUGGUUGCUCAGUCUCUAAAGUGAGGAAUAGGACUGGGUGCGCCACCAUGAGCCACAUUUGCCCUGGGAAUAGGAAGCCAGUCUGCCUCUGGCCCACCUACAAAGAGGGAUGAAGGUUUUUGACAGGGACUGACCAUUGUCAGUGCCACCUUCUGGCCUGCAUUGGUGACUCCCAGUGCCAGGAGCAGUGGUUCUCAUGGUCCUGCUACAGAGCCUGGGUGAAUGGGUUUGGUUCAAUCCAGAAUUUGACCCGGUGUGAAUUGGUCUUGGAAUCUGGUUUCCUAUGGUGGCUAAUUUUCUGCAGUGGUUCCUUUCAGAAGCGCACUGGGCACCUAGGUGUGAGGACUUGGUUGUAUUUCUGUGGGCAUGUUGGGGGUUUAUCACCUCCCCCUCCCCCUUAGUGAGCUGUUACUUAGGCCUGAUCUCAUCCUGGUAGCAGAAAACAGUUUUCCUUAAUGCUGAAUUAGUAAUGUCUGCCUUUCCUUCUCAGUGAAUUUCAGUUGCCAGUCAUCUGGUGACAUAUAAGGCACACUUAAGUGGCCUGGAGACUCCAGCCACAUGGAUUGCUGUUGGCAUUCUGUCUUCAGUGAAGUAUUUCCAGGAUCCCUCCAAACUCUAUGUAAACUUCUGACUAUGGAAGUAGGCAUUAGGGGGCAAGGAGAUGGUGGCAGAAAUUUGGGGAGCACUGUCCAGGCCAAAAGGCCUCAGAGGACUUCCAGAGCACAUACUGUCUAGGUUAUGGGAAGACUCUAAAAGGGUCAUUUCCCUGAGCCCCUGCUCCAGGCAGAUCCCUCACCCUCCAUCUUAGCUGCCUGUAUAAGCUGAGAUCCUAGCUGUUGGUGGGGGUAAGAAUCCGGGGUGGCACAGGGUCUAUGCUGGAGAGGUCCUGACUGUGUGGAACAUGAGCCUUCAGCUCAGGCAGCUUGAACAUCUGGGCAGUAUAAUAUCACAGCUUCCGAGACAGAUCAAAUGUCUGCUCAUUGGCGGUUUUUGCCUAGAGCAGAGAGCUGGGGGAGGGCUGAGGGGGACAAAAUUGUGCAGCUUGGCUUCGGAGGUUCUGCUAGUGUGGCUUUAACUAGGAUAAAGGUCACGAGAGCAAAAGGUCCCGAUCCCAGGGCUUCAUCAAAUAUGUUGGUUUUUCCCCUGCUGGAGCAGGGAAAUACUGGACAAGGUGGCAGGAACCAUGCUAGAUGAAUCACAGUGAGGUAGGACAUUGCCAGUGAUGGGCCCCAGCUUCCCCAGUCCGUGAUGGUAAUAAACGUAUCAAUCGGAGCAGUUUGGAUUCCGGUGGCAGUAGAGGAGGCCUGCUAGGCUACAGUUCCUACUGAGAGUCUCUGCCUACCACUGUCCAUUUGGGUCAGUUUAAGCACAAUGAAAUGUACUUAGGGGCUAAAUCUGCUGGAAAAUAUAGGAAUGGCAGUUUUUUUUUUCCAAGCCAGCGGAACCUGCUUUGCAUUCCGAUGGGAAACUUCUUUAGAAACCACAUGCAAAUGGAUCAAGGCAGGCAUUACCUCGUCCGUGAAUUAAGCCGAUUUGAGAGGUGCUGACGGAAUUUCCCCAAGAUGCAGCUGAGAUCUCACAGCCCAUGGACCGAGGCUUAGGAAGGAGCCAGGGAAGGAUGAGGAGGUGCUGAGAACCUUCUGUGGGUCUCUUUGGGAUUAGAUGUGGAGUUGUCUCUGUGGCCGCUGGAACAUGCCUGCCUCCCUUCUAAGAACUGCCUCUGCCACCCCAUUAGGUUCCCAAUAUUGCUUUCCUCAUUGUAUCUGAAUAGACAGAGCUUUCCGAACUGGUAAGAUCUGGGUUUGAAUAUGAGCUCUGCCACUUACUGGCUGUGUGAGCUUGGGCAAGUUACCCCACCUCUCUGUUUAAGUGGGCUAACUGGGUCAUACCACAUUCCUAGGGUGAGAAACAUGGUUGGCAUAUGUAGUAGGUGUUCAUGUUUGAAUGAGAGGAUGAAACAAAAACAUCCUAUUCCUGACAGGGCAGGCAGUGCCCUGUGCAAUGUCCUGGAGCCCCACAGUACCUGCCCAGCUCCCUGGAGCCUUGCUGGAAUACUGUCUUAGGGUCAGAAGAUCCCAUGACUAGCAGUGUGGGCAUGGCUUGUCAGUGGGUCUGCAGCUGGAACGUCCUCUCUGGGCCUUGGUUUAGCUUUGUUUUAGGGGUUCCCCUGAGGGAGAAAGGUUCUCUUCCCGGCCCUGGUAUGACAUAAGCCAGUGAUAACUGGACCCAGGAGACACUUGCUGAGGCAGAGGAAUCUGUGAUCCUGACUCUUGCUCAUCUGAGGCCCAGGCCUGUCAUCACCAUCUCUGUUUCCUUACAGGUACUGUCUGAGUCUCCCAGCCAACAGGGGUUGCUGGCUGAUUCGACCACCAUUGCUCCUUUUCUUGGGAAUAGCAUCACCUUCCUAGGGAUUCUCUUUCAAAUGUCCUCCUCCCUGCAUACACAGUUCUGUGCACGAGGACACACACACACACACACACACACACACACACACACACACACUGCACCCUGUCUAUACCUCUGCAGCUUUCUCAUUUGACCUUGCUUGGGAGCCAAGGACUCAGCCUCUGGCUGCGGAGCUCUAAGGCAGGGCAUCCUCUGGAAGCUGAUGAUGGUUUCUUCCUCUGUCUGCCACAGACCCCAUGGUUUUAAGCUCGCCACCCUCCUGGCAACAGUCCAGUGUCCUCUAUAGUUCCCCUCCUGUUUCCUUAUUGGGAAAAGAAGAGAGUUCUGGGGGAUUCCAGAACCCUGGCACUCGGGGAGGGGACUGAGCUGAGAACUAGGGGAACCAGGUCAUGCUGGUUACCACAAUCCAGUGGAUGACAGCAAGCACGGGGCAGGAAAAGAAGAUGGGAGGCUUCAAGAAGCUAGAGGCAUGGUUACGUUAGAAGUCGGAUGUCAGUGGUAUGGACAAUGGUGGGGAUAUGUCUCCCAUUUAGUUUGUUGGUUUUCUCUCUAAUUUCUCCAGGGUUAGAUUGAUCUGAGAGGGAAGCUUGCUGGGGUCAUGGCUGAACCGGAGUGGCAGGGAGUGCCCAUCAGUGGAGAUAGAUAUGUUAACAUUGCCAGGAGUUAGGUAUCUUCAGACAUGGAGCAUAAUGGAAUUAGUUGGAUUUAGCUGAGACUCCCCUAAGCUUCCAAAUUGUUCAUUUGAGAAGAACCAGAGUCUUUGGGGCCAGAGCCUGAUUUUUGUCCUGCUCUAGCUUCUUGUUCUUGAGUCCGUGUGCAUCUUCUUUCCUACAUCAUUCCCCUUCCUCGUUUGUCCCGAGCAGAUGGACAACAGGACACCUGCAUAGUGCAGAGGGUGGCGCAGUGUUGGAGCAUUGCCUGCACAUGAGUCUCAGAGGGACAGAGGCCGAACCUGAGGGUCCAUGGAGGCUGGUUCGUCAGUGUAAAGGAUGACUGCUCAUGUGCUUGGCAAUUGUCAGUGUUCCCUGGCCUGUUUCUUCUGGAAAGCAGCGGUGCUAGUUGCAAUGGCUACCCCGUGAGACUAUGGUGAUGGGUAAAUGUGUCUUUAAAGCACUUAGCACAGUGCCCUGCAUUUUCUAAUAGCCUUGCUAUUCAUGUUCUCUCAUUCAUCCAUGGUAUCCUGCCAUGGUUUGACAGAUGAGCACAGUCCUGGCUGGGCUGCACCCAGGCUGUCUUGUGCAGGAUGGCAAGACUGCUGUGAUAUGGGGUGCAGAGGGAGAGGAGAGAGGGAGAGAGGGGAGGGGAGAGAGAGAAGGAAGAGGAGGAGGAAGAUCUGUGUGAGUUGGAGGUUAGCUUGUUUUGGAAAGGGAGUGCUUAAUAAGAAUCUUAAACAACUAGGAGGUAUUGAUGUGGAGAAUUGGGAGGGUUCCAGGCAGAGAGAGACAUGUGAUCAGAGGCUUAGGCCUCAGCAGCUAGUGAGAUGAGGUAGAUGGGGGUACACAGGUGACUGAGGAGUGAGUAGUGGGACCCCUGGUGGGUUCCUGGGCUUCAUCAUCUGGAGAAGGGGGACAGGUGCAGGAUACCACGAGAAGGCUGCAAGGCAUGAAUGUGGCAUUGUGGUGACAGGGCCUGUCCUCCCUAUACUUUCAGAUUUGUCUGGAAGGAAGACUUCUAUGUCAGAUGCACUGUGGGAGCAAUACUGUAGCAUCCUCUGACCCUCCUUGAGGGUAAGAACUACAGCUAGAGGACAUGGCCUUGACUCCAUGCCUCAACUUGGCGGCCUUUUCAUAUUUGACUUCUCAGUCUCCAAGGCCAGGGUGGCGGCUGAUGGUCUCCUGGGUCUAAAGAAAAGCAGCAAGUAAAAGGAGACUCACUAAUCAGUUCUGGCCCAAGGGAACAAGGACAGGGAAAGGAGACAGCUGCCAUGCCAACCUCUUCCUGGGAGGUGUGGCAUCUGGGUCAGUAUUGACUCUGGGGCCAAUGACAUUCACCAAACCUGUCUUCUCUUCUUUUCUCUUCUUCCCUACUUGAUUUCUUUGUGUAUCCACAUCUAUCACUGAAGCUACUCAUGGGCGAGCUGUGUCACCAUUGCUGAUCAUGAUUCUUUCCAUCAGAGAUUAAGGCAGGAGUCCAAAUGCCAGAGUUUUGCAGGUAUAUCAACUAACACAGUAGUUGGCCAUGGCAGUGGUGGCAAGAUUAAAGGGAGUGUCUGCUCGGACCCACUCAAGCAUUCUAGUCAUUCUUUCAGCAGAGGUUUGAGUAGUUGCUAUGUUCCGUUUUAGUUAUAGCAUUUAAGAGACGAAAACUCAAGGAGUACUGACAGAGGGACCUAUGGAGGCUUGGAGGGAUGAUGGUGUCAGGGAUCAGGAAGAAGGGCAGGUCCUGUCCUCUCAGAUAUGUCUGCCUGCCUCCAGAAAUGGGCUAUCCUGGCUUGGAGAGCAGCCAACCUGAAUGUAGAGUUUUCCUCAGGACCAGGGGGGCUGGGUGCUGACCAGGGUGCUGAAUUGUCAUGGUAAUUCCUAACAGGGUAGCUGAGUGAGGAGGAAGGAGAGCUAGUGUGUGUGUGUGUGUGUGUGUGUGUGUGUGUGUGUGUGUGUGUUUUAUUUAUUUUUUACUAAGGACCCCUGUGACUGUUUUGGUCCACACUGAGCAGGGAAAGCUUGGAUGUGAACCAAAAUUUCUGUGGUCUGUGUGGCCCUGGGGAAAUCUUUCUCAUGCAUCUACUGUUUCCUUUGAUUGGCUUUUUCCUUUGUUUAGUGCAGAGUAGCUUCCAUCCUACCAACCCCAGAGGGCCAAGGAGAGGAGCAGCAGCUGGGAUCUAGUGGAAUGAUCCAGCACAGAGCCCAAGCCCAGCUUUGGGGCCUAGAGGAGCCCCUUACCUCACCCUCAGAGGGGUUUAACGGGGGCUAUCUCCUGCAGAGUGGAGGUGGUGUCGCAUGGUGUCAGAUGCCCCUUCUAAUCUGGGCGCUGCUAGUGAGGUAGCUGUUGAGUGCUCAGGAACAUGUAAGCCCAGCCAGCAGGCUCAGUUUCAGAGUCUACGUCCAUCCCUGGGAUUACGCAGAAUUUCUCCUUUCUCAGAUAGCUCCUCUUUCCCAGAUUCUGGGAUGGGUUUUGCCUGUGGGUCAUGGCCAGGUGAGGUCUGGUUCUACUGAAAAGAACUUAGGAGUUUUAGAGCCAGGCUGGUUUAGUUCUGCCACCCCUCAGGGCUGUGUCCAGUACCUUGACUAACGCCUCCAGUCUUCAUCUUGGGUUGUAGCAAGUACAGUCUGGGAUAAGAAGCUGCACAUACUAUGGGCAGUAGAUAAACACUUGUCUCCGCACUGGUUUGGCCCAGAGUUCCUCUCCUAUGUGUCUGAGCUCCAUUCUCACUUACCCAUAUGUCUUUAGUAAUGACAGCUGCCGACACCCACUGGACCCCCACUCACUUUAAUAAGACACAUUUUGUGGUACUUCCCAGCAAUCUGCAGGCAUGUGUAACACCCAUUUCACAGAUGAGGAAGGCUGUUACUAGUCGUGUGCUGGAGUCAUUCCCACACUUGGUUUCUGUCAGUCUACCAGACCUUUCUAACCCUCUCUGCUUUAGAAGUGAGGCUCAAUGACUAAUGAUCUCAGGGUGGCUAUCUCACAAGGGCACCCAUAUAUUUAAAGACGUUUAUGAAAUAUGCUUGAAUGAGCCAUAGGGCUAAGGGAAUGGAGUGGCUAUUAGGGAUACAACCAGGUAAAAUGUGAAUAUGAAUGCAUUAAUCAUGUAUGCCGUCAACCAAGACUGGCUGACUUAGUUCUCUUGUUCCUGAUAUCCAGGUGAAGGUAAAGGGCUAUCUGUUCACUUGAACAACCCAAUUCAGUGUACACAUGGAAUGUGGGGAACUUGUCAAAAGGCAAGUUCACUGGGGCUAGAGAGAUGGCUCAAUGGUUAAGAACAGUGGCUGUUCUUCCGGAGGACCUGGGUUCAAUUCGCAGCACCCGCAUCACAGCUCACAACUAUCAGUAACUCCAAUUCCAGGGGUUCUGAUGCCAUUUUUGGCCCAUGUGUGCACCAGACGUGCAACCAGUGCACAUACAUACAUGCGCGCAAAACACCCGUAUACACAAAAAGAAUUAAAGUUCAAGUUCACAUAUAGUAAGUCUGAGGCGGCCCCGAGAGUGUUCGUUUCUAUCAAGACUCCAGGGAGUACUGCUGUUGGUGCUAUGUGGAAAGACUUCCUUUUGCAGUUCUCCAACCUGCAUGAUUCACAAGUUACAACGGGCCCUUGCCAACAAGGAACUUGAAGGCCUUUCCUGAGAGCUGUGGACUGGGGCCCAGGAUGUGCUGUCGACAUACAACAAGCAUUUAGGAGACAGGAGGCUGUGGCAUGCAAGAGUGUGUUACCCGGCUACAUCAUGGGACACAGUCACAAAGGGCUCAGCAGACCUGUGCCAAUGCCCCUCCCAGUGGCUGAGAUGGGACGAGCAUGAGGCCUCCCUGGGCCCUCUUGCUGCUAGUCUGAGAGGUGAUGCAGGUUACCACACCCAUGUGUACUCAGUCCACUGAGCCUUGACUUGGAACUGAGCUGAGUGGGCACAAGGAGACAGUGAAAGACAUUCACUUUCUGAGGCAGAUCUGGGCAGCUGCUGUCUUACAGUUCCCACUUCUCAGACCAUGGUGACGAGCUAACUGGCCCUUGGGUUAAAUGAGUAUUUACUGCACUGAACUUCCAGACUGGCCCGUCCCAUUUAGUUGUCCCUGUAAACCACUACACUGUGAAUUUCCCAGCACUUGCUUUAUGUAGCUCAUAACCACUGUCACGGUUCAGUGGUUACCCAGGUCCUUUACUGUGAGUGGAUGGGCCUUUCACUGCCACAAGCACUGCCUUAGUGAGGUGCUCAGACUGACUGAUGCGUUCUAGGAUCCGUCCAGUGAUCAGGGCCUUGCUGGUUCUUACUGCCCAGACCCUCACUCUUGGCCACGCUUUCCUUUUGACCUUUUCUCGGGAGCAAAUUCUGGCUCAAGCCCAGCUGAAGUGAUUGAGAAUGUGGCAUUCCAAGGGCAAAUAAGGCCUAGGCCUGGUGGCUAGGUACCUGCCGUGAGCAUCUAGAGAUGCACAAUGAUCAGCGAGCAAACAAAUAUUACUGACAGGUAAAGCUGGGACUAUGCCUGCUGGUGGAACCUGUCUUUGCUAGAACUGCACCCAAGUGUACAAGAUCAGAUGGUAAGAGAGUUUGAAGGGAUCCGUGGACUUGUUUUCCCUCUGUGACAACAGCCAUGGAUCAAUGACAAAAAUGUCAGCAAUGACAAGAGAAAUCACGAGAAAGCUAGGUUCCAGAGGGAGGUUGUAUAGACUUCGUUACCUGUUCUUCACCUGUGUGUUAAUAGGUGCUAACUCUAGCACAGGAAUGCAGCCCCAUUUAGUACUUGAUACAUCCUGGGGUCAGGGUCUUAGGAGACUCAUGCCUUAGACUGGAGGUUGGCUGAAGCUCAUGACUAAGGAGAUAAAUGUAAUGCAAAACUCAGUCAGCUCUAAGAAUAGAAAAGAAUGCAAGCCAAGAAGAGAAGGUGGGAUGUGGGCCGGUGUAUCCUAGAAAUAGUAUGAGUGGUCUAUUUAGCACCAAAAGACAAUGGAUUUAGAAGUAGACCUUGCUUCUAUUUGUAAGCCACUGGGUGAGCUAUGAAAUUUCAAACCAAGUGAGAAUGAUGUUCUGCAUCUUAUUACAUGUCCAAAGGUUUCAGAAAUUUCCCCCAGAGAAAAGACCAUCGUGCAUCACAUCCAGCCCAGAACACCCCCAAAGUCAAACCCAACUCCAUGACUGGCCACAGCCACCCCAUGGUGGCCAUUAUCAAAGCCACAAGUCCUCCUCCUCAAAAGCAAGCUGCUCUGGUCUCUGCCUUGCAUGGUCUUGUUCAAAAUUUUCCAUUAAAGAAUACAAAAUACAGGACAAGAAUAUAAACAAGAUAUGACUUGACACCCUUAGUUUGGCCUCAAGCAAGUGUUUGGUGAAGUAAGAAGAGUGUGGCUGUUUUGGAAAAUACUGGCAGUUCCUCAAAAAGUUAAAGCAUUACCAUGGGACCCUGCAAAUCCAUCCCAGACUUAUUCAACAACUUGAAAACAUCUGCCCACACAACAAAGUUGUACACGAAUGUUAACAUCAUUCAACACAACAAGGAAAGGGACAAACAAUCCAAGCAUCCAACAACUGCAAAAGGACAGACGUGAUGCAGCCAUACCAUGCAGUCACAGGAUAAAGUGUUGCUGCUACGAUCGCAUGAGCAGUGAAAGCAAGGUGUGGAAAAUGUGGGACACCCAAAGGCCAUAUAGUGAGUGACUUCAUUUAUGAGAACUGUCCAGAAUAGGCAAACUGUAGACAACUGACUGGGGGAUGCCUGGGCUGGGGGAGGGAACUGAGAGUGAUUGCUGAUGGGGAUAGUGGGUUUUUGGUUUUUGUUGUUUUG